ACUGCGGCGUGAGGCGCACGAGACUAAACCCAGAACUGCGUGUGUAUAUAUUAUAUAUAUUAUAUAUAUCCACACAUCCACAUACACUGGGUUUUCGUUGUCAUUGACAGCAGCUCGAAAGUGAAAAUGGGUUGUGCGACCUUAGGUGGGCGCUUCAUCUCACUGCUCUGCUGCUGAAGGUGAGGCGUCGCAGGAGGAGCAAGGAGCAUCUCCACACACACACACACACACACACACACGCUUAUUUAUAUACAUGCACACACCAGCUCCUGAACUGCAAAACGCGGCGCAGCUGUAAAGGUGCUCUUUAGCAUCCGGACAUUUCCUGACCAUAAAGGUACCUCUGUUCUCAAGGAGUCGUCAUUCAUCCACUUUUCCCCCUUCUACAAACUGCUGUGUUUCCUCUCGCGCGUGGGCAGCAGCUGUAGCGUUUAUAGACGUGUUUUUGGAAAGACGCUUCAACACGCAAGACUCACUACUGGAUAUAAUCUCACACGAAGAGGAGGAUAUAUUAUUGGUGUCUAAACUGUAGACACGCGCAUAGACACAUAAAGGGAUAUUAGUGUGUGUUUUUUUUUUUUACCAGGACCGACAAAGCAGCGUUCGAGAGAGAGAGAGAGAGAGAUAGAGAGAGAGAGAGACGUGUUUUACGGACCAGGAGCUGAAAUCUCGGGUUGAAGGGAUUACAGUAGGUGUCGGUGCUGGAGCUGCAGUGAGGAGAAGGAAGUUUGAGUUGAGCUCGUUUGGGAGCGACACUGAGACAGAAACAUUCCCCAGCGAUGGAUAGCAAAUGGUUCAUUAUUAUAACCUGUGUGCUUUUGGCAGGCAGGAGUACGGCUCAGAGGGUAGUGUUGGUGCAGCCCGGACCUGUGGUGCGAACCGAGGGCUCCCACGCGACCAUCUGGUGUAACGUAACUGGCUACAGAGAGGGAGUGGAGCAGGACUUCGAGUGGUCAAUGUACCUCGAUACAGCUCCGGAUCGAGAGAUCCGCAUCGUCAGCACGGCCCAACCCAACUACGCCUACGCUGUCUAUGCCCAGCGCGUCAAUGCCAAAGAGAUCUACAUAGAGAGACUGAGCGGGGACUCCGCCCUUCUGCACAUCACCAAGCUGCAGGCCAAGGACCAGGGCGUUUUCGAGUGCUACACACCAAACACAGACGGCCAUUACCUGGGCACCUACAGCGCUCGAACCAACCUUACCGUGAUCCCGGACACUCUGUCUGUCACCUCGACCACUCAGACACUGUCCAAAGUGGAAGGGGACACGCUGCUUCUGAGCUGUGAGGUAACACGCCAAACGUCUCAGCACACACACGUUGCAGUCGGCUGGUAUGUGCGCUCCCUGGACGAGCCGUCUGCCGCGCCUAGGGACCUUGUCACCCUGACGCGGGACAUGGUACUGAGACCGGGAACGUCAUACCGCCAGCGUCUGUCCUCCGGAGAUGUGCGGCUGGACAAGACUAGCAGCACAUCCUACCGACUCACCAUUUACAGCCUACAGCCCACAGAUCAGGGCCAGUACUACUGCGAGGCAUCAGAGUGGAUCCAGGACCCUGAUCGCUCCUGGUAUAGCAUGACGCGCAAGCAGUCUGACAAGACAAUGGUCAAAGUUCAGCCCACAGAUCGGGACUUUAGUAUCCAAGUGACAACAGAUCGCCGGGCCUACACGGCAGGUGAGCCGCUGGAGCUCCGCUGCACCAUAGAUGCUCAGAAUGUUGCUGAGCGUUACUUCUCGGUGUCGUGGGUCUUCAGCAGCUCGUCUAUAGCCGUGGUGGGGCCCAGCGCUGUGCCCGUGCUGGGGGCAAACUACGUGCAGCGUGAGGCCACUGGCCUCAUGACCGUUCGUAAAGAGAGUCCAGCUAUCCACCUACUCAAACUGCAGCGCCUGCUUCCUGAGGAUUCUGGGAAAUACAUCUGCAGAGUGACUGAGAGAGAGAAGACGCCCACCGGAGAGUUCAUCGAUCGAAGCAAGCGCUCCCGUAAUGUUCAGAUCACCGUGACUCCCCUGAGCAGUAACAUUAGCAUGUCACUGACCAGCAAUUCCUCCGAGGUGUUGGAGGGAGAGAACAUCCACUUGACAUGCUUAGCGCAUUCCGCAGUCGGGGCUCUGUCCGUCGUCUGGCAGUGGACAGACAAGGAUGGCAGCGCCCCUGCUGUUGACCUGGCGUCGGUGGACCGCUUUGGCACCGUACAGCUUGGAUCCAGUUACCUGGAGCGGCACAGCUACGGGGAGGUCCACGUGGAACGGAUCCGAUCGGACACCUUCACCCUCUCCCUGUACAAUGCCUACCCCACAGACGAGGGGGAGUACCGCUGCAGUGCCACCGAGUGGAUACAAAGCGGCAGUGCGCCAGACUGGGAGUGGCAGCAGAUCGGAGACAACACAGCCACCACUGCCAUAUCAGUGAGAUCUGUCGAGUCGUCUUUCUUUGUGUCCGCCUCAUCACGCACUCCCAGCGUGACCUUCGGUGACUCCUUCGACCUGCAGUGCAUUGUGAAAUCCCGCCACAGCCCUGGCAUCCCCGCCUCUGUGACGUGGCGCUUCCAGCCGUCCGAGGGUGCCAGCGAGCUGCGAGACGUGGUGACGUUCACGCGUGACGGCACGCUGCAGUGGGGCGAGCAGACCCUGGGCCUCGGUACACGCACCUCGGUGGACCGAACACGCAACAACACCAACUUCCGUCUCAGUGUCACCCGAGCUGGGCGCAAAGAAUCUGGGACGUACCAGUGCGCCGCCAUCUUGUACCGCAGAAAUUACGACGGCACUUGGAAGAUCAUCGCUAACCGCACUUCUAACCUGCUGGGCAUCAACGUACUGCAGCCAGUGAGCAAGCUGAGAAUGCACAAGGUCAACCAGAGCCUCCAGUUUGUCGAAGACAGCCGUGUGCGCCUCAACUGCUCCAUUGCGUCCCAGACAAGUGCCGAGUCCCAGCACGCCGUUCUGUGGUAUGCACGGAAGGGUGCUGCAACUGAGCCUGACGAGCUGCUGUUGAAGAUCGAGCGCACCGGGGCGUUUGAGUAUGGUGCGUACGCUGAGGAGGAGCGCCUACGCAGCCGUGUACAGUGUGAACGCCUCUCGCCAAGCCUCUAUGGCCUCACACUGCACCGCGCCGAGAUCAGCGACUCCGGAACCUACUACUGCCUAGUGGAGGAAUGGCUCACUGAUCCCGACGGAGUGUGGUAUCGCCUGGCCCGUGACUCCUCUGGCUUUACACAUGUAGUGAUCAAGCAGCCAGUCGCCAAACUGCAGGUGGAAGAGACUGAGUCGAACAUCUCGGUGUCUGAAUAUGGAUCAGUUCGUUUGGGCUGCAGCAUACCCUCUCAGUCCUCCAAAGACUCACGCUUCUCUGUGUCAUGGUACGUGUCCCGUUCGGAGAGUGAAGGUGAACGGGAGUGCGUGUUCUCUAUCGGCCAUGACGCUGUGUUCGGCAAUGGGAACUGCAGUCCUAUGGAGGAGCCAGGCCACAACUCCCGACUGCAGUUUGAGCGCACUACCUCAGACCUCUACAGCCUGACCAUUCAAAGAGCACGUUCAGGAGAUGCAGGAAAAUAUUACUGUCAUGUAGAGGAGUGGCUCCUGAACCCACGCAACGCCUGGUAUCGCCUCACUACAAACAACUCCGGAGCUACCGUCGUUAAUAUUCUUGAGAAAGUCUCCACCCUGCAGUCAGUGGUGUGCUCCAACAACUCGCUUUUCUAUUUCGUAUUCUUCUACCCCUUCCCCAUCUUUGGUAUCUUGCUCAUCGCUGUUCUGCUGGUGCGCUACAAGAGCCGGAGUUCCAGCAAGAAUCAGGAAGGCAAGAACGGUGCGCCGUUGCUCUGGAUCAAAGAACCUCACCUGAGUUACUCCCCCACCUGCCUGGAUCCCCCUGCUCUCAGCCUCCACCCAGGCUCUGUGGAGUAAAAGGGGCAAAAAGAAUGCCCUUCAUUACACAUCCUCUGUCACACUCUCUUUCUCUGUUUUUUUGCUAUCUCUCCUGUUCCUCAGGAGCACUAUGGGCUCCUGACUCAGCCGUUUUAACCCCUCCAUAUGGCUGUCUGAACACCUACUCAGUUGACAUGGUCAUGGCUGCAGUGGCUGCCAGAGGAAAAGCCUAGACGUUUCGGUUCGAUUGUUUCUUUGAAGGAUUUUCUUUGUAUCGUUCUCACGCUUCACUAUCUGGACUUAUCAUAAUCUUAUGAUAAAGGAUGAAGAACGUAUUCUGUAAAGGAUUACAUGUGAUUUUAUUCUUUCUUGUGAAUGUGUGGUAUGACCACUUUUUUUUUCCUUUUCAAAAUGAUGAAGGCUGGUGCUCACCUCUUCAAAAGCGUUAUUUGUUUUUGUUUACCUGGUUCUAAUUUCAGCAGACUGGCUACUCACAGCACUAGCCCAUGAACAUUUAUCAGGCACAUAUAGUGCACAUCCAGAAACGUGUGACUCCACCAGGUGAUAAAAUCUUGGAACAGAAGGCAGUGAUCUUACAUUCUUGACUAGGAGGGAGCCACAGAACUGAUCUCAGACCUGUCUCUGUUUGAACUUAUAACAGACGGUCAGAGAGAUGCAUCACCUCCUCCUGAGUCUAGAAACACUGCAUUUUGUAACAGACUCCUCCUCACUGCCAAAGACCCACUAACACUUGGCUGAUUCUCAGUGCUGAAGAUUGACAAUGUCCAUGUGCACAAACUAUGAACCAGUGUCCAUUACUCUCAUUCCACUACAGGACAACAUCAGAAAGAAGGACGCUACACAGUGAGAUUGUCGAAUUCCUGCUCUGACCUGUCGUUCCAUCACUAGAGUUCUGGAGUGGUAUGCGUUUGCUUUGUUUAACAUGUUUUUUAUUAUUAUUAUUAUUAUUAUUUUCUCUGUGAACGACAGUAAAACAGGGAAUUUCUAGUUAUUUCUUUAAGAUGACUCCAGACUGCUGGCCUCUAAGGUGUCUAAGCGAUGUGCUCAUGUGUGCUGUAAGAAACAUCGCAACGCUUCACCUCUUACUGUGAAUACUUCACCCAUCACCCAUAAACGUGUAGUGCUAAGCUGAGCAGAGACCGGGAUAAGAUUCUGAUGGAGUCCAGGUAAGUCUGUGGGUCUUGAACGUAGUGAGACGGUUCCUCUCCAUGCCUCCUCAGUUUUACACUACCUAUUGUAAACAAGAGACUGAGACCUGAGAGAGCCUGUUAAGACAUUUCUAAUACAUGGGACAAUCCUAGUGCCAAGACCUUGUCAUUGAUUUAUCUGUGCCCUGUAGGAACGUCCUCUAGGCUUAGAGUUACUAUGUAAAUGUGGCUUCCUAGCUCAUGCUAGAGAUUUAUGGAAUAUUUAUGUUCAAAGAGCUGUUCUUUCCACAGUGACUUUGAUUCUACAUUAAAUAUGUAUCAACAGCAAGAUAUAGAAAAUGACUAUAAAACU